AUGCAGGCAGCAAUGACUACUACCCGGAAGGAGAAGCAGCCAAUUGUACUGGAUGAAAAGGCCAAGAAGCAAGGACUUGUUCUCGACGUCGUCUUGGCGAUUGAUCCAAAACUGUGGAAAUUUAGCGGACAAUAUGUAGGUGUUCUAACAGGAUUCUACGCGAUCAAGGUGAAGUGUACCUCAUGGUUGAAGGACCGAAAGUGGCUGGAGCAAGAUUGGCGUAAAGUUGACUCCAUCGUGGAUCUUUUCGCUGCGGAGACAGCAACUGCAGGACUACCGCGUGAUGCUGUUCCCGAGCGGCACCAAGGUCUAGCGAACGAAAUUAUCUCAAAGUUUACUUCAAGUCGACUUCGCACUGAAUUUGUGACGCUCUCCAACAAAGUCCUGAUCAGCUUUGACAACAUCGUGGGAGGGAUCUGUCGUGGAUGGCUAAAUGAUAGCCCUGUGGACUUUUGCUUGGAGACCCUUGCGAGAUCGGUGGGGAAGUGCCAUGUGCUGUCAUCACUGACAUGGGCUAUCGGAUGGCCAAGUCUCCCUAAGACAGCACUUGCAGCAACGAAAUUUAUUAUCCACCCCGUUAAUCUGCACGCAGACCACUGGGGGGUAAUUAUCCUUCGCCUACGCUACACGGCAAAAACAAGCAAGCUUCGGGUGCAUGGAUACAUGUACGAGCCGCUCAUUGAUGAUGACUAUCACCAUGAAAUGGAAAUCGUGUGGACUGGAAUUCCGAAAGACAAAGAAAAUGAAGGAAAGGAGGGGCUUCGUGGUUAUGUGGAGCGGUGGCACAAGGCUUCUGACCCCCGUGGCCAUCUUUUCUUCGAUCCGAUUGAGUGGAUCUGUGCCCCUCAACAACCUGAUUUUGCUAGCUGUGGUGUAAUGGUAGUAGCCCAAGCCCACAGCUAUCUUACGGGGAGCUUGCAGAUGCAACUUUCAAGAAUUUCCAAGAACGACGUCAAGGUGAUGUGA